GAUGGGGAGACGGCCAUUUACAGUAAUGGUUAGGCGGUGCGUCUCUCUGCCACCGAAGUGUACAUUUGUGGUGGAGCGGCCUAGUCCCCAGCGGUUUGCAAAAACAACUGGCGAUGGGAGCUGCCAACACAUCAGCGAUGGGGUCACACUUUUUCCAAGAGCCGCAUCGCCGCUCACAUCAACGUCCAUUCGCGCGUUUCGCUCUCUCCAGACACCCCUCGGCCCCGCGCUAGCAACGAGGUUUACGAUGAAGCCCACAUGUCUCGCCAAAAGACCGGCUCAUGCUCCUUUGCGACAGGGCCCUUGGCCCUGCGUGGUAACGAGGCAUCAGGACAUGCAUACAUGCCUAUAGUAGCAGUGGUAGCCAUUACAGACUACGGUACAUGCAUCCAGACCAGACAGACAACCUACAUAGUACAUAUGCAUGGCCAUAUGCCAGUACACACAUCCUCGCGGGCAUAUUGCACAUCUGCUCACCCUUGUGGCCUCCCCCAUGCCAGCUUCCGACCAGGACAGCCUACAUACAACAUACACGCAUCCAGACGCAGAUUCUCACGUCCCGCGUAUGGGUACACGCGCGCGCAUACAUCCCUCGCCGCUGGAUCUUGUCUACCGCCGCAGCUGCUACCGGAGCGGUGCACCUGGCCUCCGUCUCGGCCGUCCUCGUGCUCCACCCUGGACUUUGGCCAGCUUCUGUUCUUGAACUUGUUUCGUUUCCGCUGCCUCCUCCGCCGAGCCCGCGCUGUCUACUUUAAUUUGUUCUUAAUCCCCUUCGUCUCCCUCUCGCUUUCUGUUGGGACCUCAUCACCCUAGAUCUUGCCUUGGUUACACCUUGCCUUGCUUUUAAGCUUUUCUCGUCUUUCUCCUCUCAGAGGUUGCCACACAAAACCAUACUCCAAAUCUUCUUACUCGUACACACGCACACGCAUAUCUGCG